AUGGAGUCCAACAGAACAGUUAUUCCAAUCAAAAAGGUCCUAACAGGGCAGUUAUCAUCAGUGCCAACGGCUUUGUACCUCAUCUUGGUGCUGUUAGGCAUUUUGGGAAAUGCCUUGGUAAUCUCUGUGGUGGGGGAGAACAUCGUACGGGAGCACGGAGGUGGACGCAGCUCGGACAUGAUCCUUGUCAACAUGGCCUUUUCCAACCUGAUGGUGUCUGUGACGAGAAACAUAUUGCUGGUCGUCUCAGACCUGGGGCUCGAGGUGUCACCCAAUAAAGACUGUUGUCAGCUGCUGAUGGGCAUAUGGGUGUGGCUUCGUUCAGUGAAUGUUUGGUCAACGUUCUUCCUCAGUGCCUUCCAUUUCCACAUUUUAAGACGGAUAGUCCCUCCGAUUGUUAGUGUGAAUGGCACCCGAGGGCCACCCAAAGCCCUUCUAACAGGGUUCUGUUUCAUCUGGACCUUCAAUCUCAUCUACUCAGUACCUGCUUUUGUUUACUCCACCAAUGGCGGAGAGAAUGCAACAGAGACGUUAAUGUUGGUGAGCAGUACAACACGUCCACUGCUGGGCUGUCUGUGGGAUUUCCCCUCCACUUACAGUGGCCUGGCCUUUGCCACAGCUUCCAUGGUGAUCCAUGAGAUCAUCCCCAUCCUGCUCAUGACCUCCACCAACCUGGGCUCACUGCUCACACUGUAUGCGCAUGGAAAUGCGCACAGCAAAAGCAAUAAGGUCCAGGAUGCACCGGUCAUACGCAGGGUGCCCGCAGAGAGACGGGCAGCCAAGGUGAUUCUAGCCCUGAUCCUUUUGUUCAUCAUGUCCUGGGGUGCCAGCGUGAUCUCAGUAAACUACUUUAACUAUAACCGCGGUGCCUCAUCAGCGUACCUGCUGGUUAUCGCACGUUUCUCCAAUAGCGCCUUUAUUGCUUUGUCCCCCAUUAUACUGGCUGUGGGACACCGGAGACUCCGAGCAGUGUUGAAGUCCAUCAUUUCAUACUGA